AAUACGAGUCUUGUUUAGGUGAAAGAUCGGCGAACCCUGGCGCAUCCAAGCGACCAAAACGGGAAAGCACCCUCGAACUGCGAGUGACGUCAUGGCCACUUACACUGCGACCUGGGCACUGCGGGUGAUGGCGAUGAUGAUGAUGAUGAUGAUGAUGAUCAGUGAAGGCCACGAGACUUGACAAACCUGUCAUUGUAGAGCAGCUUGGCCAGCCAAUACUCGAUACAUAUAUUCCCCUCUGCCACUCACCUUUUCUCCCUCGCCAUCAUCAUCACAAUCAUCACCUGCCAACCAGAACAUCAACAAAUAAGAAGCAUUCACACGUGCAACAAACUCCAUCACAAAUCACAAAUUACAGACCACAACACUCAAACAAGACACAACAACAUACCAAACCAUCCAAAAUGGGCGCCGUCGUCUCCUGCCUUCAAUCCGCGCUGCGCACCAUCGGGCGCACAAUCAUGGCCAUCAUCAACGGCAUCGGCGGCAUCAUCAUGGCCAUUGUCAACGGCAUCGUCAACUUCCUCGACAUCAUUGUCGGCUGCCUGACAUGCAACCGCGCCGGCGGUCGGCGCCACCGCAGCCACGCCGGCGGCGUGUCGACGGGUCGGUCUAGGGGAUUCGGCAGAAGAAGGCAUGUUGGGGGUACUAGUACCAUCUAAACUUCAACACGACUUCUUCCUUGGAAGGAGGAUGAAAGAGAAGGGAGCAUGGAGGUGUACGAUGGGGGAUUUCUUUUCGUGAUGGGUAACCCGGUUUCCUUUUGAUGGCUUUCUGCAGUUUUUGCGAUAUCAGAUGGAUGGCGAGAUUAUGAGAUACCCAAGCAAGCUAUGUUCACACUGUUGGGGAGGCUAAGAGGAGAGAGAGGGUUAUGGUCCGUCAUACCGUUUAUAGCCAGUCAGUCAGACGCAAAGCGUGCUCUUUUGUCAGCAUUUCUACUUAUCAACACUCCAACAAAAAC